CAAGUAGCGCACAGACCCGAAAAAGAUCUCCUCUUCUUACUCCCCCCUUCUUCUCUCUCUCCUCUUUCUUUCUUUCUUUCUCUCCAAAUCCCAAAAUCUUCACACAAAAAACCCCCACUCCUUCAAUUCUCGUUUCCGAAAAUAAAUAAAUCAAGAAUCUAAAUCUUCUGCUUCAGAUACUUUUUUUCAUCUUGAACAGAAUUUUUGGGUGUGGUUUGUAAAAAUAUAGGAAAUAAACCUUUAUUACAGAGAUUUGAUUGAAAAUCGAAGAAAUCAGAGAUAUUUGAAGCUAUAGGGGUACUAUUGUGAAUAAUUAUUGGUGGAGAGGGUUUAAUAGUACCUCGUUUGAAUAGUAAUCUGGAAGAAGUAGCCCCAACUGUAAGUAUUGAUUAUUUAAUUUAUGAAGAACUGAUUAAUUGGGAAGGCUGACUUCAUUGUUCGAUUGUUCGAUGCUCGGUUCGGGAUGCUGAAUUAUGAGAUUCUAAUCCUUGAUUGGUAGCGGGCGUCGGAUUGAAGUUUGUAGUUGGGUUGAAACUAUAACAUUAUUUUCCACAGAAUAAGAGAAAUGGGGACCGUAGAUUAUAUGACACGUCCAUCGGAAAGGUGGAUUGAUGGCCUUCAGUUCUCCUCAUUGUUUUGGCCGCCGCCUCAAGAAACACAACAACGGAAGGCUCAAAUCACAGCUUACGUCGAGUAUUUUGGACAAUUUAUAUCAGAACAAUUCCCAGAAGACAUUGCUGAGCUGAUUCGGAUUCGUUACCCAUCUCAUGAAAAACGUCUAUUUGAUGAUGUCCUUGCCACUUUUGUCCUCCAUCAUCCAGAGCAUGGGCAUGCUGUUGUUCUUCCUAUCAUUUCUAUUAUUAUUGAUGGCACGCUAGUGUAUGAUAAGGAUAAACCUCCAUUUGCCUCUUUCAUUUCCUUGUUCUGCCCAAAUGACGAGAAUGAGUAUUCAGAGCAGUGGGCACUAGCUUGUGGGGAGAUACUGCGAAUUUUAACUCACUAUAAUCGCCCUAUCUACAAAGUUGAGCGAAAGCAAAGUUCAGAAGAUUGCAGCGGCAGUAUGAAUCAUGCUACUUGCAGCAAAGCUUCUGGUGCCAAGCCAUCUCAUUCUUCUUCUGUGCAAAGUGAAAAAAGACCCUCAAGGCCUCUGUCACCUUGGAUCACUGACAUAUUGCUCGCAGCACCUCUUGGUAUUAAAAGCGAUUACUUUAGAUGGUGUGGUGGUGUAAUGGGAAGGUACGCUGCUGGAGAACUCAAACCGCCUAUGAGUGCUUCUUCUCGUGGAAAUGGGAAGCAUCCUCAGUUAAUGCCAUCAACUCCACGAUGGGCUGUUGCAAAUGGUGCUGGCGUUAUAUUAAGUGUUUGUGACGAGGAAGUCACCCGUUACGAGACUGCUAGUUUAACAGCAGUUGCAGUGCCUGCCCUUCUGCUUCCUCCCCCAACAACAGCUUUGGAUGAGCAUCUAGUUGCUGGUUUACCUGCCCUUGAACCGUAUGCACGAUUAUUUCACCGGUAUUAUGCUAUUGCUACACCAAGUGCCACUCAGAGAUUGUUGCUUGGACUUCUUGAAGCACCGCCGUCAUGGGCUCCGGAUGCACUUGAUGCUGCGGUACAACUUGUGGAACUUCUUCGGGCAGCUGAAGAUUAUGCAACUGGGAUGAGAUUGCCAAGAAAUUGGAUGCAUCUACAUUUUCUGAGAGCUAUUGGCAUCGCAAUGUCUAUUAGAGAAGGUAUUGCUGCCGAUGCUGCAGCAGCGUUAUUGUUCCGCAUACUUUCUCAACCUGCAUUGCUUUUUCCACCAUUGAGACAAGUUGAGGGUGUCGACGUCCAGCAGGAACCUUUGGGAGGUUAUAUAUCAUGCUACAGAAAGCAGAUAGAAAUGCCUGCUGCUGAAGCUACUAUCGAAGCCACUGCCCAGGGAAUUGCAUCAAUGCUUUGUGCCCAUGGUCCAGAGGUGGAAUGGAGAAUUUGUACCAUAUGGGAAGCUGCUUAUGGUUUGAUACCGUUAAGUUCUUCAGCCGUCGAUCUACCUGAAAUAAUAGUUGCUACUCCAUUGCAGCCUCCCCUUUUAUCAUGGAACUUGUACAUACCUCUCCUUAAAGUACUGGAGUACCUCCCACGAGGAAGCCCAUCUGAAGCAUGUCUUAUGAAAAUAUUUGUGGCUACUGUUGAAGCAAUUCUACGCAGAACAUUUCCAUUCGAGUCUUCUCCUGAAGAAAAUCGAAGAUCAAGAUACAGUUCUGAAGCAGGCCCAUCAUCCAAAAACCUUGCUGUGGCUGAGCUCCGCACAAUGGUUCAUUCAUUGUUCUUGGAAUCAUGUGUUUCUGCAGAGCUUGCUUCUCGAUUGCUAUUUGUGGUGCUAACUGUCUGUGUCAGUCAUGAAGCUCAAACAAAUGGUAAAAGUUCAAGGGCUGAUGACAAUAUUGCUGAUUGCACUACCAGAAACUCAGAAUCUAGUCAAUCUAGUCCCUCAAGAUCAAAUAAUUCAAAGAGACAGAGAGAGCCUAGAAGUAAGAAAUCCAAAAAACGAGGUCCUGUUGUGGCAUUUGAUUCAUAUGUGCUGGCUGCUGUUUGUGCUCUAGCCUGUGAACUUCAGCUGUUCCCUUUGAUUGCAAAUGUAUCUAAUCCUUCAAGCACUAAAGAUUUAGUUGUAAAUGGAACAUCUCAUGACUUCAAGGAUGGCCUUGACUCUGCAAUCCGUCAUACUCGUAGAAUUUUGGCGAUAUUGGAAGCAUUGUUUUCGCUGAAACCAUCAACCAUUGGCACAACAUGGGGUUACAGUUCAAAUGAAAUAGUUGCUGCUGCUAUGGUUGCUGCCCACAUUUCUGAAUUAUUUAGGCGAUCAAAGGCUUGCAUGAAUGCUCUUUCUGUCUUAAUGAGGUGUAAAUUGGAUAAUGAAAUUCACACCAGGGCUUCUUCACUGUAUAAUCUAAUUGAUAUCCACAGAAAAGCAGUUGCAUCUAUUGCUAACAAGGCAGAACCACUAGAAGCACAUUUAUCCCAAACCCCGGUGUGGAGGGGUCCACCAAUUGUUGCCAAUCGAAGAAAGCAAAAUGAUUGUGCACGCACUGUUUGUAUUCAAUCAGAAGUGCCAUUAACACUGUGUGAAGAUUCUUCCCAUUCGAAGAAUUUACUAAAUUGUGGAAAGGCUGUAUACACAAAUAAUGAUGCUGGAAAUAUUGCUGGUAAAAGGGUUGCGAACAUCCAAUUCGAUGCCUCAGAUUUGGCUCAUUUCCUUACGAUGGACAGACAUAUAGGUUUAAAUUGCAGUGUACAGAUUUUUCUGCAAUCAGUACUUGAAGAGAAACAAGAGCUUUGUUUCUCAGUUGUUUCACUCCUUUGGCACAAGUUGAUUGCAUCACCUGAAACACAACCUAGUGCAGAAAGCACCUCUGCUCAGCAAGGAUGGAGACAGGUUGUUGAUGCACUAUGCAAUGUUGUAUCUGCAUCACCCACUAAAGCAGCAGCAGGGAUAGUUCUUCAGGCGGAAAGGGAAUUACAGCCUUGGAUUGCCAAAGAUGAUGAUCAAGGCCAGAAAAUGUGGAGGAUUAACCAGCGAAUCGUAAAGCUGAUGGUGGAACUGAUGAGAAAUUACGAUGCUCCCGAAUCAUUGGUCAUACUGGCUAGUGCUUCAGAUCUUCUACUGCGUGCGACAGAUGGAAUGCUUGUUGAUGGAGAAGCUUGCACUCUGCCUCAGUUGGAGCUGCUAGAAGCAACUGCCAGAGCAGUGCAAUCAGUGCUGAAAUGGGGAGAAUCUGGGUUAGCUGUUGCAGAUGGUCUCUCCAGUCUUCUAAAGUGCCGCCUACCAGCUACUAUUACAUGCCUCUCUCAUCCAAGUGCACAUGUCCGUGCUUUAAGUACCUCUGUUCUCCGAGACAUACAGCAGAAUGGAUCAGUACAAUUCAAAUUUAAACAGGAAAAUAGAAAUGUCACCCACGAAUCACCCUUCCAAUACUUGCAUUUAGGCAUCAUUGACUGGCACACAGAUAUUGAAAAGUGUCUGACAUGGGAAGCUCAUAGUCGAUUAGCAAGAGGAAAGACUAUCGAGUAUCUUGAUAUGGCGGCUAAGGAGCUAGGGUGUGAAAUAACCAUCUGACAUCCUUUUUGAUACAUUCCGAGUUCUUAUGCAGUUAUUGGUUUGUGAAAACUGAGGGGAAUUAAUCCUGACAGUCAUCCAGGCAAUUGAUUCUUAGGAGGUGGAUAGAUAGUCUAGCACAGUGAUGUAAAGCUCGUUUUAUUUGUAGUUGAAUGUGCUAGUAAUAGUAUAUCCAAGUAAAAUGAUACAUGUAUUGUGAGACAGGGAUUGGCAUACUGAGUGACCACAAACAAGUAGAUGAUCAUAGUCUCAAGUCUCAACCAAUACCUGGUGAGUGACCACAGACAAGUAGAUGAUCAUAGUCUCAAGUCUCAACCAAUACCUGCAUCGCCCCGGAUACUAUUUGGCUGUAGGUGACUUGUGGCCUUGGUAUUAAGGAGAAAACUAGGAGCUACGGGGGAUUAUUUCCUUUAACUGUCUGAGCUGGAUUACUUUGACUUGUUGCCUUGGAUUGUUUCCUCGGUCCUCAUGUCUCCCUUCAUUGUAAAAUAUGGCCAUGAAAAGAGAAUCCAAGAACCAUUUGUAGCAGGGUACAACUCGUACAAGUGGUAACUAGUUGUAUAAAUAUAGUUAAUAUGGUGUUCUGACUAUUUUUUCCCUCCUUUUUUUAGUAGUACAUGAACAUAUUGUAUGUAGUUGAAUCAAGUACCAAGUACUGUGAUGUCUCAUAUUUUAUUUAAACAUCCAAUUUUAUUUUAACACCAAAUUCAAGCA